UCCACACUCCUAAAACCCUAACAAGAACCCUUUAGCUCUUCUCAUUUCCUUUUCAAAGGAACCAUUUUCCCAAAUCCCACUGAGAAAUCUCAAACAUUUCCAACCAUGUCGAUCUCCAAAGCCGCCUUUUUCAACCACCUCCAAACACUAGCGAGAUCCUACCGUCCCCGUGUCCCGCCGCAGCCAUUUCUCGCCGUCCGAUUCAUGUCAUUCGCGACCCAAGAAGAAGCCGCCGCUGAACGUCGUCGUCGUAAGCGUCGUCUUCGUAUGGAGCCACCGGUUAACUCGUUCAACAGAUCUCAGCAGCAAUCACAAAUCUCUAGACCGAUUCAGAACCCUAACGUCCCCAAAUUGCCUGACUCUGUGGCUGCUGUCGUAGGGAAACGCCUCGAUCUCCAUAACCACAUCCUGAAACUGAUCCGAGAGAAUGAUCUUGAAGAAGCUGCUCUGUACACUCGUCACUCUGUGUAUUCGAAUUGCCGGCCGACGAUUUUUACAGUGAACGCUGUUUUAGCGGCGCAGCUUCGGCAAGCCAAGUAUGGAGCGCUUCUGCAAUUGCAUGGAUUCAUUAACCAAGCUGGUAUCGCACCUAAUAUCAUCACUUACAAUUUGAUUUUCCAGGCUUAUCUUGAUGUUAGGAAACCUGAGAUUGCGUUGGAGCAUUACAAGUUGUUUAUAGAGAACGCUCCGUUGAAUCCUUCGAUUGCUACUUUUAGGAUAUUGGUUAAGGGUUUAGUUAGUAAUGAUAAUCUUGAGAAAGCUAUGGAGAUUAAGGAAGAUAUGGGUGUUAGAGGUUUUGUUGCAGACCCUGUUGUUUAUAGUUAUCUUAUGAUGGGGUGUGUGAAGGCUUCUGAUGCUGAUGGUGUGUUGAAGCUUUAUGAGGAGUUGAAGGAGAAGUUUGGUGGGUUUGUUGAGGAUGGUGUGGUUUAUGGGCAGUUGAUGAAGGGGUAUUUCAUGAAGGGGAUGGAAAAAGAAGCCAUGGAGUUUUAUGAGGAAGCUACUGGAGAGAAUUCAAAGGUAAGGAUGAGUGCUAUGGCGUAUAACUAUGUGCUGGAGGCUUUGAAUGAGAAUGGGAAGUUUGAUGAGGCUUUGAAGUUGUUUGAUGCGGUGAAAAAGGAACAUAACCCGCCGAGGCGUUUGGCUGUAAAUUUGGGAACUUUUAAUGUGAUGGUUGAUGGGUACUGUGCAGAAGGAAAGUUUGGGGAUGCUGUGGAUGUUUUCAGGCAAAUGGGUGAUUUUAGGUGUAGUCCUGAUGCUUUAUCGUUCAACAAUUUGAUAAAUCAGCUGUGCGACAAUGGAUUGUUGGCUGAGGCUGAGAAGCUUUAUGGUGAAAUGGAUGAGAAAAAGGUGAAGCCUGAUGAGUACACAUUUGGGUUGUUAAUGGAUACUUGUUUCAAGGAAGGUAAGAUAGAUGAAGGAGCUGCGUAUUACAAAACAAUGGUUGAGUCUAACUUAAGACCGAACUUGGAUGUGUAUAACCGAUUGCAAGAUCAGUUGAUUACAGCCGGGAAACUCGAUGAUGCAAAAUCCUUCUUCGAUAUGAUGGUGAGCAAACUCAAGAUGGACGAUGAGGCUUACAAAUUCAUCAUGAGGGCGUUAAGUGAAGCUGGUAGAAUCGAUGAGAUGCUCAAGAUUGUGGAUGAUAUGCUAGAUGAUGAGACGGUCAGAGUGAGUGAGGAAAUACAAGAGUUUGUGAAAGAAGAGCUGAGGAAAGGAGGAAGAGAGGGAGAUCUGGAGAAACUAAUUGAAGAGAAAGAGAGAUUGAAAGCAGAGGCAAAGGCGAAAGAGUUAGAAGAAGCAGAAGCAAAGAAGAAGAGUCAACAAAUUAACAUAGCUUCAUUAAUAACUCCAAAAGUAGUGGAAGCAAAGAAAGAAGAGGCAAAGCUGCAAUGGGAAAAUGAAAAUGGUGGUGUUGAAGAAGCCGAUGUGGUGGAGAUGACUGAAGGAGUAGAAGCAGGUGGAUCAACCGGUCAGGAUCUGCCUUCUUGCUGAUGGUCUUUUAGUACUUAAUUAGAGUCUCUAUUUAUCUUCCUAUUAUUUAACUUUAUGUAAUUAGGGAUUUGGUUGGGACAAUAAGCUAUAAUUUGUCACUUGCUAUAAUGCAGGUUUGGCAAAAUCCUUUUUUCUUUUUCAAGUUUGCUUCUGCUAUUUUCUUAACAUGUUCUGUAGCUACUUUGGCCAUUUGUUUUACAUCAUGUCUGUGUAUACGUUUCUUUAAUAAUCUGACAGUUUGAAGUUAA